AUGAGGCUUUUCCGCCGCCGCUCCGGCCCCUUGAAGGCGGCGCUGGCGGGGGCCGCCUUCCUCUUCCUCCUCUUCCUCUUCGUGCUGCCGAGGGAGCGCCGGGAGCGGGGCGAGGAGGAGCCGUGGCUGCGGAACAUCGCGCAGGGCAAGGCGCAGGUGCUGGACCUGAUGCUCGGGGCCGUGCACAACCUGCGCGACUCGAUGCCCAAGCUGCAGAUCGGGGCCCCGCAGCCCCCCCGGGAGCCGCUGCCCGCCGGGGGCCGCCCCUGCCCGCCCGGGGUCUACACGGCGGCCGAGCUGCGGCCCCUCCUCGAGAGACCCCCCCAGGACCCCGCCAGCCCCGGCGCCGACGGGAAGCCCUUCAAGAAGGAGCGCUGGACCCCCGAGGAGAGCAGGGAGAAGGAGCGGGGCUACGAGAAGCACUGCUUCAACGCCUUCGCCAGCGACCGCAUCUCCCUGCAGAGAGCGCUGGGGCCCGACAGCCGCCCCCCGGAGUGCAUCGACCAGAAGUUCAAGCGCUGCCCGCCCCUGCCCAGCACCAGCGUGGUGAUCGUGUUCCACAACGAGGCCUGGUCCACCCUGCUCCGAACCGUCUACAGCGUCCUGCACUCGGCCCCCGCCAGCCUGCUCAGGGAGGUCAUCCUCGUGGAUGACGCCAGCACCGACGAGUACCUGAAGGAGGAGCUGGAUCGCUACGUGGAGCAGCUGCAGAUCGUGCGCGUGGUGCGGCAGCGGGAGCGCAAGGGGCUCAUCACGGCGCGGCUCUUGGGGGCCAGCGUGGCCAGCGGGGACGUGCUCACCUUCCUGGACGCCCACUGCGAGUGUUUCCACGGCUGGCUGGAGCCGCUGCUGGCCCGCAUCGCGCACGAGCCGCGGGCCGUGGUGAGCCCCGACAUCGCCACCAUCGACCUGCACACCUUCGAGUUCUCCAAGCCCGCGCCCGGGGGGAAGCAGCACAGCCGCGGCAACUUCGACUGGAGCCUCACCUUCGGCUGGGAGCUGCUCCCGGCCCGCGAGCGGCAGCGCAGGAAGGACGAGACCUUCCCCAUCAGGUCUCCCACCUUCGCCGGGGGCCUCUUCGCCAUCUCCAGGUCCUACUUCGAGCACCUCGGCGCCUACGACGACCAGAUGGAGAUCUGGGGGGGGGAGAACGUCGAAAUGUCCUUCAGGGUGAGGUUCAG